GUUGCGGAAAUUUUCUACGGUGCAUCUAUAUGGUCGAUUGUAGUUAUCGCAGCUAAUCACUAUCACCAAAUGUUUUCUUUGAAAAUAUUUGGUCGAACCAGACCGUCGAUAAAGAGAGCUAAAACCAUUGCCGCUCUUGUUUGGGUGUUGUCUUUUAUAAUACUAUGUUUUCCCCUUUACUUCGAUGUUGAUUAUCAUGAACUCUUGAAUGGAGGUCAGUUUUGCGGUCCGGUCAAGUGGACACAUUUCUCAGAGACAGCAUAUAUAAUUUGUCUGACUCUGCUGACCUAUGUCAUACCUCUUGUUGUCAUAUCGUUUACCUACGUCGCGAUAUCUCGCGUGUUGAGACAGAACAUUGACUUGAUCAAAGCUAUGAAACAAGUACUACCUCAUGUGGCUACGUCACCCAGAAACCAGCGUGAUCACCUG